AUGGAAUUGCAAGUGUCCCAUUCGAAGAGCGAUUCCCGAGUCGGCACAAGCACAUCGAGCGUCGAAGUUUCUAUCACCAAUGCUUCCUCCGAUAGCAUCAUCGAGAACAACCACACGCUGUCCACUGGUCAAAGUUCCAACAUCGUGUCUUGGGAUGGUGAAAACGACCCAGAACAUCCAUAUAAUUGGCCGAAGUGGCAAAUCAGGCUCAACUGUGGAUUGGUCACUUGCGCAAGCUUUAUUAUUCCUCUAGUGACAACGCUAUUUGCACCGGGCGUACCCGAACUUAUGCGAGAAUUCCAUAAUCACAACUCUGCAAUUGAAGCCUUCGUCGUAUCUAUCUACAACUUGGGCCUAGCUUUAGGUCCCCUCGUUGUAGCACCCGUUUCUGAAGUGUUUGGUCGCGUCAAAAUCUACCACGUCUGCAACACAAUCUUUUUCCUCUCAGUUGUUGGAUGCGCAUUGUCACCUAAUGUUCAGUGUCUGAUUGCAUUUCGAUUCCUCAGCGGGGCGUUUGGAUCCGUGUGUACGGUCAACGGAGGCGGCACCAUUGCCGACAUGGUUCCUCAGGAAAGUCGUGCUAGCACCAUGGCAGUCUUUUCUGUUGGUCCUUUGUUGGGACCAAUUACCGGUCCUAUCAUUGGCGGAAUCCUCACCACUGCGAAAGGCUGGCGCUGGACAUUUUGGCUUGAAGCCAUCGCUAGCGGCCUCCUGUCGAUUAUCAUGAUGCUGGUCAUGAAAGAAUCUUACCAUCCCGUAAUCCUGGAGCGCAAGACAGCCCGGCUCCGCAAAACAUCCGGUAACCAACUCUUACGGUCUAAAUUCUACUCAGGUCUCUCCCUGACUCAAAUUCUCAAACGCAGCAUCAUGCGCCCCCUCAAAAUAUUGUUCUAUGCGCCGAUAGUCACCUUCAUGGCCAUUUAUGUUGCCAUUACGUACGGAUACCUCUUUCUCAUGUUCGCGUCUUUGGCGCAGAUUUUCCAAAAUUACUACAAUUUCAGUACAACAGCAAGUGGGCUGGCCUUCCUAGGGGUCGGUUUGGGUUCAUUGAUUGGUGUGGGCAUAUUCCGUCUUACAUCUGACCGCUACAUGGCCUGGAAAACCGCCAAAGCUGAUGCUGCAGCUAACAGCAUUGGUCAAGCCAGAGAAGGCAUGAAGCCAGAAUACCGACUAAUGACACUACCAAUCGGCGGGAUCCUCAUUCCUAUUGGUCUCAUUAUCUAUGGUUGGACUGUCCAAUACCAUAUUCACUGGGUUGUUCCUAUUACGGCCAUGGGAUUGAUUGGCUGUGGCAGCGUUUUCAUUAACACAUCUGUUCAAAUGUAUCUGGUUGAUACCUACCACGUGUACGCAGCAUCGGCUCUGGCGGCGAAUGUAGUGCUGCGGUCGUUAGUUGGAGCAUUUUUACCUCUCUCAGGUCUGAGAAUGUAUGAUGAUCUUGGAAUGGGAUGGGGAAAUACUUUAUUGGGUUUCAUUGCUUUACUUUUCAUGCCUCUGAUCAUUGUAAUCAUGAAGCGUGGCGAGUACCUGCGAAAACGUUUCGUGAUAGAAUCCCUGUAG